UUACUCCAGAACUUAAGCACGGUUUGAGGCAAUUGUAUCGCAUAGUUUCAUCGCUUUCUCAACAGCACAUCUCGAGAGUGCGUAAUGAGCGAGAAGUUUUGAUUCUAGAUGAGAUAAAACGACACAUUCUCUGUUUGGAUAGGGUUUUGAAACACUUCCUUGAUCUGCAUAACAACAUAGAACUGCAACGAGAGCUGUUGGAUACAAUUCGAAAGAAUCUGAGUAUGUUGAAGAAUGUAAUGUUGCAGGUCAGAACUCAACAUUGUGUACCGUUGUUAGAGGAAAAAGACGAGAGUUUGUUCACAGGCUUCGAAAUGGUGAUCGAAAAAUUGACAAUCAAUCCGCUCCAGCUAGAUUCAAUUGAGUACCUUCGUUUGUUAGCAGAGUCUCUAGAGAAAUUUUCUGAUAUAUUGCGUAAGCUUAGCAUCAGUGUGUCGAUUUCCGAUUGGUUGUUGCGGUAUCAGCUGCAGCUUUUAAAGAUCUUUGAUACCAUCGAGUUUUGUUUGAGUGAGGAACAGUUUAUAGUUAUAGGUAGUAAGGAAAAAUACACGCGAACUAGCACGCAAGAUGCGAUCCAUGCAGUGAAACAGUUGAUAACACACUACAAGAUAACUAGCACCACUAACGAGCAACGCAAAUCCGAGCCGUCUCAUAUAAAGGUCCUUGCUGCACGCCAAGGGCUGACUGAGUCAGCUGAGCCCUCUAGCAGAACUGCUUCGAAACCAAGUCAGCGAGCAAGCUCUGACGCCAGACAGCACCGAGCUGAUACUAUCAAGCGCCAUGCCACUAGAAGUCCACUCGGAAUUCGAGACGAUCCACCACGUAGCUCUUCUAGAUGCAGUUUGGGAGCACUUCCUUCGAAACGAGGCCCUUCGUUCGCGGUAUACCUCAAGAACGUGUUUAUUGAGCGCGAUCAUGGCUUCAAGUUACUAUGCGUUGUGCUGGAUUCGGAAAUUGAUGUACGAUGGACGAAAGAUGGAGCUGAUAUCGUUCAAACUGGACGCUAUCAAAUGAGACAGAAAAACGGACUCAUCACACUGCAAGUGGAUCACGCCGAAUACGAGGAUACGGGUGUUUUUGCCUGUCAUGUUUUCAACAACUACGGACAAUCGUUUAACAAAUGCACCGUUGAGGUGUACGAUACCAGCGAUGAUGUCAUCUGUUCGUCAUUCAGCAUACCACACAAAACGGAGUACCAGCAGGCUAGUACAAAUCACUACACUGACAAAUCGUGUGCUACUAACACAAGUGUCAGCCCAUACGCCCAUCAAAGAACAUCUGUACGAUCAUCGUGUAGCGAUCAUACCAAAGCUAAAGAGUACUAUCGUCGGCAAUAUCACGCUGAGCAGCGAGGCUAUACCCGUGACAACAAGUUUGGAUCAUCACAAGAGCUUCGCCGUUCGGCGCGUUCGACAAGUACUUAUCACAGUCCGUACCACUAUGCAUCGUCUCAAGGACUCGCUCAUUCGAGUCAUUUCGGAGAGUCAACCACAACAGACGUGAGCAUCAGCAGACAAAGACGUAGCUACUAUCACGAGCGCCUGAUGAGUGGAGCUGCAACUCAGCACGAUAGAACUUCGAAGGACCUGCGUAAGUCACCGAUCGUCCUGGAACAACAAAGCACGUUGUCUGAAGAACGCGCUGAGAGGCUUGGACGCGAAUGGACUCGCAAGCGGACCAGUCCUGCCGUGGGCCGUGAUGCGCAGGACGAUGGCGGAAGCAGCAGGCAUACGCUUGGUAGAGGGGUUGCUCAAGCGUCCAACACUACCAGUGAAUCAUCUUUGUCUCGGGAUGAGUCGAAAACCCUGCGCUCGUCUGAACGCAGCCAGGUCCAAACAGAACACAAGACCGAAGUCCAUUCCGCAGAACUUGAGCGAUCAUCAGGCCGACGAUCGCAAACCUUCCCGUAUCACUACCGGAUGGACACGUUUGCUACGUCCAUGCGCUAUGAGAGCCUCUCGUCCUUGCAGAUGUAUCAACCGAUCGUGCAGACAGUCCUUCGCGAUCGGAUGGUUAAACGUGGCUCCAACCUGAUCCUCGUGUGCUCGUUCUGGGGUGUGAACUGCGAGAUCGAGUGGAUACACAACUACGCGAAGAUCAGUAACGGUGCGAAGUAUCGAAUUUCGCGCCACCAAGGCAUGAGUAUACUGGAGAUCUACGACAUCACGAAUCACGAAGCGGGCAUGUACAAAUGUGUGGUUCGGAACGACUGUGGUGAAGAUGUCACCAACUGCUGCAUUCUCGUGCUAGACCAUAUACGGCUUUCGUCGAUGAAGCACAUGCGACCCGAACGCCACUCGUUGACCAGGCGCUACUAAGCGUCCAGUGAAGGGUGGUGUUUCUAGUCAUUCUAGUCGUAAGCAAGCGCUUUGGCAUAACCAGGCGCUCAUUAUCCACCCCAUCGAUGUAUGUUUGUGUCGUAAAAUAGUACGUGUGUAUGUGUCUGUAGUCUCUAGUUUCGUGUUAUCAUUUGGGCCCGUUUCGAUGGACCUGUAACACCUGUCUGUAGGAUGUUUCGGUGUAACACUUCGAUCCUUUCGAAGUCCGUAGUGUGUUUGCGUACGUGUUGUAUGUGUUUGUGUGCUCCGUGUUCUAUACAUGACUGCGGCAAGAACAGAGGCGUCCAGCGCGGGCCAGCGACCAACGACGGUGUCAGUUGCUAAUGCAUUUGCGUGUGCCAAUUUCGCUCCUUCCCAAUCCCACUAGAAACCUACUCGCUCCACUCGGACGAGAUUGUCCUCGAGUGUCGCGUCCGUGGUACGCCGCGACCGAACAUUGCCUGGAUCAAG